AUGGACGUGGACUAUGACGAGGAGGUGGAGGACACUCGUCCCGCGGGGCGACGCAUGAAGGGCCGCGGAGGUGAGGAUGAUGAUCGUUAUGCGGGCAAAGCAGGGAAGUUCGAGCGCUUGGACGAUGAUGACGAUGAGACCGGCGCUGCCCGCUCCAUCGAAGGGUGGGUGGUCAUCGUCUCGGGCGUCCAUGAGGAAGCGCAGGAGGAUGACAUCUUCGAAGCCUUCUCCGAGUACGGCGACAUCAAAAACCUCCAUUUGAACCUAGAUCGCCGUACGGGCUUCGUGAAGGGCUAUGCCUUCAUCGAGUAUGAGAAUAAGCAGGAGGCUGAUCUCGCUGUGAAGUCGAUGGAUGGCAACACCCUGCUGGAUCACAAGCUGGAGGUGAGUUGGGCCUUCGCCAAGCCUGGCAGCAAGAAGAAGGGCCGCAGGUGA